AUGCAGAAUUCACCAGUGUUCAACUACAUAAACAGUCUUUCUCCAAUCAAACCUGUUAAAUCCAUACCAAUCGCUCAAAACUUUGGCUCUCUCAGUUUCUCAUCUCCUCCUUCAGUUUUCACUUCCCCUCACGCGUCUUCUCACAAAGGAUCUCGUUUCAGAAGUCAUAAUAACUCCUCUGAUCAUAUCAAGGAUGUAUCUGGGUCUAACGAAGAAACUUCAGUCGAAAUCGAACCGCCACAAGUACUCAAGAGUGACUGCAUUAUUACUACUACUCCUAGAGUUAUCAAUGGUGGUUCCUGUGAAAAUGGUGAAAUGGAUCUGCAGAAGAUGUGUGACGACAAUGUCAAGCCGAAAAGCGAAACACCAGACUGGGAAACUAUGAUUUCUGAUUCUGAACUGUUGAUUUAUAGCUCACCGAAUGAUUCAGAGUUUGUUAGAUGCUUCUUGCCCAGAUCAAACUCCCAAUCACGUUUACGUAGUGGUGGUACUAAACCUACAUUGGAGCCUGCUUCGAAUAGUAAUGAGCCUGAGUCCUCUGAUGCUUUUUCGAUCUUGCAUCGUGGCGUGAGAAGACGAUGUCUAGAUUUUGAGAUGCAGGGUAACAAUAAGCAAACGCUUGGUGAAUCUUCAUCGACAUGUGUAGUACCUAGCAUCGGUCUGCAUCUAAACACCAUUGCAAUGUCCUGUAAGGACAGCAAUGUUGGUAAUGAGUUCUCAUUCUCCGGAAACAUAAAAGUCGGUUUGCAAACUCCGGUUCUUCACUCGCAGGACAUUGUCAGAGCAAAUGAAACCGGUGAAGAUGCAGGUCAAGGUGUAGUAGAAGAGGUUCCAAAGACUUCAGCUUUAGUAGAAUUGAAUCAAAGCAGCCCCAAGAAGAAAAGGCAAAUCGAAUCACGAAACCCUCUUGCGUUUGCUCCUAAAGUCAUCAGAAACUCUGAUUCCAUCAUGGAAGUUGGUGAUGAUGCAAGCAAGACUCCAGCUUCAGCGAGACACAAACGAGGCUGCAACUGCAAGAAAUCAAACUGUCUCAAGAAAUACUGUGAAUGCUAUCAGAGCGGUGUUGGUUGUUCCAUAAACUGUAGAUGUGAAGGAUGUAAGAAUGCAUUUGGCAAAAAAGAUGGGUCUUCAUUUUAUGGCAUGGAUAUGGAACAAGAUGAUGAAAACGAAUCAUCUGGCAAAAGCGGAACACCGAAACCACAACAGAAUGUAGAGUUGUUCAAUCCUGUUCCACUUCCACCUUCAACACCAAUGCCAUUGAGACAACCAUUGGCUCAGCUUCCAAACUCAUCCAACAACAGGCUGAUUCCUCAACAGUCUCAGCAUUUAUAUGGAGCUUUUGGAUCUUCCUUAUACAAUAGCCAAUCUUUCAGGAAACAAGAUAUGAGUUUGUUGUCUCAUUCUUCAAGGAUUGAGACAAUCACAGAGGAGAGUGCAGAGGAUAUUGAGAAUGUGAACCAAUCUUCGAUGACUAAUAUCAAUGCCGUAUCUCCCAACAGCAAAAGGGUUUCUCUGCCUCAUCUUGAUUCAUCAGAGUCGACUCCAUGGAAAAGAAAUGGUGGAAGGAAGCUGAUACUCUCGAUUCCAAGUUUUCCUUCUCUCACUCCACACCAUUAAAAAUUCUUUGAAUCUUUGAAAUUUGUGAUGAUUGUCAACUUCUAGUUGGUAGUUUAGUGUACACAACAACAUACGCAGAACGUUUCUAAUAGUUUAGUUGUAGAACAGUUGCGUUUGUUUUUCCAAUGGUUGUGUAAUAAAAAUGUUGAAG